UUCGAUUCAUCAUUGUUAAUUCCUAAGCACUUCCCCCCCCCCAUCUCCUCCCUCCCUCCCCCAAAAAAUUAAAUCAUAUAUCCGUCUAUACAUUCAACGACACUUACACUACAAUACAACAUCCAGAUGUCUAUACAAGGAGCAACACAAUAGGGUGACGACGACGACGACGACGAAGACAUUGGUAACGGAAUUCGGAAACUUAGCGAGCGAGCGAAGCACAAAGGGAAGACCAGGAAAAACAACAGCAGCAGCAGUAGUAGCAGCAAGCAAACGUGGGGAAACGGAAAAGACCGCAGAGUUUUGCAGCAUGCCGCGCGCCUAGAAUGUGAUCUGCAGCUGCGGCCGCAGUGCGCUGGGCUCUAGCGGGCGGCCCUCUGCAGAGCUCCGUCGUGGCAAGAUGAGCACUACGGGGACAAUGAGGAUGAUGAUGAAGGUGGUGGCCGUGGUGGUGAUGGUGAUGAUGAUGACGGCCGCAGUGGUGAGCGCUGCCCGAGCUGAAACUCCGACGGCGGGACCGACGGGCCGAGGCGGGAGCCAGUGUCAGGGAGCUUUCGAUCUCUACCUCGUCUUGGACAAGUCUGGGAGCAUUCAACACCACUGGGGUGAAAUCUACCACUUUGUGGAAAAAUUGGCAGAGAAAUUUGUAAGCCCCCAGCUGAGGAUGUCCUUCAUUGUUUUCUCCACCCAUGGGACUGUGGUCAUGCCCCUAACAGGAAACAGGGAGCAAAUACAGCUGGGCUUGGAGGAGCUGAACCAGGUGCAGAUCGGAGGAGACACCUGCAUGCAUGAGGGGUUUGCUCGCGCGAGCGAGCAGAUACAGCAAGAAUUUUAUUACGGCGAAAAGGCUGCCAGCAUAAUCAUCGCGCUCACUGACGGGGAGCUCACGGAAUAUUUCUUCUCCUACGCAGAAAGAGCGGCCGAUCUGGCUCGGCAACAAGGAGCCAUGGUCUACUGUGUGGGCGUCAAGAACUUUAACUACACGCAGUUGGCCCGUAUUGCAGACACCAAGGAGCACGUCUUCCCAGUGCAGGGAGGCUUCCAAGCUUUGCGAGGAAUCAUCGACUCGAUUCUGAAGAAGUCGUGCACCGAGAUCUUGUCAGCAGAACCUUCGAGCGUCUGUGCUGGAGAGUCGUUCCAAGUGGUCGUCAGGGGCAAUGGAUUUUCCCACUCGAGGAACACGGAGCAGGUCCUGUGCAGCUUCAAGAUUAACGACUCGGUCACCAUCACGGAAAAGCCCCUGGAGCUACAAGACAGCUACCUCUUGUGUCCCGCGCCGACCUUGCAAGACACAGGAGAGCAGGUUUUCCUCCAAGUGAGCAUGAACGAUGGCCUGACCUUCAUUUCCAGUUCAGUUACCAUCACAGCCACCCACUGCUCGGACGGAACCAUCCUGGCGAUCGCCUUGCUCGUCAUCUUUCUCUUGCUGGCCCUGGCCAUCUUCUGGUGGUUUUGGCCACUGUGCUGCACCUUGGUCAUUAAAGAUCCGCCGCCACCACCAGCGAUCGUCGAGGACUCGUCAGAUGAUGAGAUGCCCAAGAAGAAAUGGCCAACGGUGGACGCGUCUUAUUACGGAGGCCGUGGAGUUGGAGGCAUUAAGAGAAUGGAGGUGCGCUGGGGGGAUAAGGGCUCCACCGAGGAGGGCGCCAAGCUGGAGAAACCCAAGAACGCCGUCAUCAAGCUCCCUGAGGAGGAGUUCGAGCCGCUCCGAACGGGCCCCAGCAAACCCAAGCACCAACGGCAGCCACCACGGAAGUGGUACACGCCCAUCAAGGGGAAGCUCGAUACCAUCUGGGUGCUUUUACGGCGCGGCUACGAUCGGGUGUCUCUCAUGAGACCGCAACAGGGAGACAAGGGCCGAUGCAUCAACUUCACGCGCGUCAAAUCCGAGACCUCCGCUCCACCGCCCGCGCGGGCCCCCCAGCGGAACGGCAGCGCUCGCAGCAGCAGCGGAACCGGCAGCACCUGCGGCAGCGUGCGCUCAUCGCGUCCGCCGUCCGUGCCCUCGCAGCCUCUGCCACCCCCGCCGGUGCCCGCGGCCGCCCCCGCGAGCCCGGGGCCUCCCCCGCCGCGGCAGCCGCUGCCGCCCGUGCCGACGCGCGCCGCCCCCGGUCCGGCGGCGGCGCCGCCGGCGCUCGCCGGCUCCCCGACGCGGCUUCCUCCGGCGCCGCCGCCGUCGUCCCGGGCGCCGCCGCCUUCGCGGCCGCCCCCCAAGCCGACACUGCCGCAGCAGCGCGCGUGAGCGUUGGCGGGCGGCCGCUCGUGGUGUGGUGAGCGAGGGUCCUGGUCGGUGCCGUCUCGACGGUGUUGUACGGUGGCCUCCUGGCGACUCGCGAGGGGCGAACGUCUCCUCCAGUUGGCAGCGAUCCCCAUCGGCUGGAAGGGUAGCAACGAAAGUAAAGUGCACUGGUAGAGAGACAAAUGCCAAUGAUUUACUGUGCAUUUUAAGGUGGAAUGUUGAGUGUUUUUUUGGCCGCACUGAAUCCGUGGGAAAUAUUCACAAUUCCUAACAAGCUCCGUCGGAGAGCGGGCAAUGUGCAUCGGUUUGGCAGACUGAUUCGCGGGUUUUAAAUUUUAAGUGGUGAAUAGAUUUUUCACUUUUGUGAUUUUUUUUUUUUUACCUUUCCCCCAUGGUCCAAUACACCUUACAUAUUGUUGUUAGUUGCCAAGGUUUUGUCUGAUGCUCAACGUGCCCUUCUCUGCACUGUGGUUUGCAUGAUAAACAAUGGCCCUAAUAACAACUGUAAUUCAGCACAAGCUAACACAUCAAUAGCACAGGCCCAUCAAGGACACUGAAGAUAAGCACUAUAAUAACAUUUGUCAAUACACAGUCCAUCCCAAAAAAAAUCAUAUCUCGUGAAAAGUGUAGGUAAAUGUUCUCCUGUUUUGGUGGAUCUGUACUUGCCAGUCAUUAACCGGUGUGUGGACUCAAUCGGAACACCGUCUCUGCGUCAGGCUCUGAACGGGCUGCAGAGUAAGUAGAGCAUACAGUCAUCAAGAGAGUCCUGCAAAGAGCUGUUUUGUCAUUUCCAAAUCUAGUUACAAUUCAAAUAUAGCAAACGUUUGGGAAAAAAUUAUCGAGUGGUGCAAGCCCUGUACAGGGCUAUGCGCAACGUUAAAUGCUUUUGAACAAACUUUUUCGUCCCGGGAAAAUUGAUUCAAACUCGGCUGCCAUUGGGCCACUCUGUCGAGUUAUCCUUUGUGGCCAGGUCGAUUCUGAAAAAGAGUAUAGCUCAGUGGGCCUUACCUGGUCAAAUAAAAAAUUGUUUAGUUUAAUUUCACCCGCAUCAGAAGUGGUCGGGGAUGGGUCCGUUAAGGUAGAUGUAAUUUCUCAGUAAUUGCCGACCUACCCCGUCCAAAAUACCAUGCCAAGCGUUUGUCACUUUGCUCUUGCCGUAAUUGAUAGCCGAUAAGAGCUAUUCGGAACAACGGACAGGGUGAACCGUACUUGACGUCGGGGAUUCGCAGGCUGAAAGUUCGGCAAAGAUGCAAGGCUUAUCGUGAUCAUUACCUUCGGGCCACCGUGUAAAAAUCGCCGCGUGUGUCCGUUGGGCCUUUAGUGGCGUCAGAGUGCAUUAAAGGGAGGCGGAUGAUGGUGCUCGUGGUCACGGGAUAGGUGGUGGUGGUGGUGCUUUUGAAUGUGGUUGGCAAACAAAGGAGGGGUACAUGACUAGUCUCUGCAGGUCAUUGAGACGAACGCUGUAAAGGCAUUUUUUGUUUUAUUGUUUGGCCAUAAUUUCUAUGUGGGGAGAAAAUGGACAUGACUAUAGCCUGCUGCAAACACAUUACUUUUUGUAUGCCUCUGCAAAGCCGCAUCAUACCGCUGGUGACAUGUCGCCACAAUGGCGAGAUGUGAUCUCCCUCACCUGGUAUACAGGAGGUUGUGGGUUCAUCUUGACCCUGAUGCCUGUAUAUUUUGGAGUCUGCCUGUUUCUCUCCCUGUGAUCUCGUGGAGUUUUCUCCCGGUCCUCGGGUUUUUCCCCUCCACAUUUUUACUCGACGUGCAUGUAGAAUAUUUUCCUGCUAUAAAUUUCCACUUGAUAAGCCACUUCGUUGAGCUAUCAUUUGUGGCCAGGUCGCUUCUGAGAGCUACAUAGCUCAGUGGGCCUUACCUGGUGAAAUAAAACUAAACCAUCGUUUAGUUUAGUGUUGUGAGUGGUGCUCGCUGAGCAGUGAUUCCCACCACCCCCCCCCCCCCCCGUAACUUCAAGUUUUGAGUCCUGGCCACGUUGCACGUGAACACGAGUUGUAGGACCUGGGAGAUAAACUCCAUGCGUGGCCGUGCGCUGCGCGGUAUAAGCCCACAACCAUUCUCCAUCCUGUUGUGCGGGGCUUCAUAUUUGAUCGCUCACAACACUUUUCCCAGUUUGUAAAACUAAAUUGUAAAUCGCAUGUGUUUUUGUUGUUGUUGUUGUACUAAGCCAUAAAUAAUGUGGCUUUAAUAUUUGAUGCAAUGCUUGAGCCAAAUUGGAAAUUGUGUGGCAGCACUUUCAGGCACAAAACACAAUAGGCUUUGCAAUUAUAAUGGACCAACAAUUAAAUUAUGAAAUUACAUAAGUGGUAAUAGAAGUUGAUCGAUGCAGGCUAUAGUCAUACAUUCUUUUCAGUAUGUUGUUUUUUGUACAUUUAUUUUAUAAUCAAUGUAACGGGAUGCACCAUAUUGUAGAACAAUAUGGUAUAUUCUGAAAUGAUUUUUUUAAAUAUCAUUUUACGUGGUUAACCUUCUCGGGCUUUCAGUUAUUAAACAAAAAUAAUAAUAAUAAGGCCUUACAGUUCCUAAUUGCAGUCGGAGGUACUUUUCUAUAAGUUUUUUUUAUUUUUCGUAAGCGGCUGUCUUAACGUAAGCUCAGGUAGCGCAUUUAAAUAUUAGUAAAGCUUUGCUUUGGAAAAGUAAAAUUAGUCUCAAGGAGGGGCUUUGUGGCUAUAUUAAGUAUAACAUCUACACUCCAGCGCAGUUGAGGCCUUGAUCACAUUGAUGUGCUUCACAUGGCCUCAAUGAACCACAAACGUGCUUUAGAAAUGCCUUUAGAUUCGCCGUGGCACGACAAUGCCGUAUCGGCUCGGCAAUGAAUGCCUCUACAUUCACUCCCUUACCACUCGCGCCUUUCUCGGAUGGCUUUUAUAUUGCUCGCAUUUCUAAGCCUAUGCAUAGAUGUGCACAGUAUUACCAAUGUCCAUAGCUGAUCGCAGAGGGGAGGUCAGACAAAGUGCUAAACUGCUUGGAAUAAUCCGAUUUGCGCCCGCUCCUGAGAACGCAUUGCCAACUGUUUAACCAUCUGCUCGCUCUCGGCCCAGUGCUGUUUUGACCGUCCUCAACAGCUUUUCUUCUCAGCGUGAUACAGGGCCGAGAUGGGGGGGGGGGGCGUUAGAAAUCUGCGGAAGCACCACUCGCCCGUUCAGCGCGAAUGCUGCGUUCGUUUUCGCACGAAAUGUGACGGUGCGUAAGCGUUGCGUGCGCUCCACGUACAGUCGACGCAUCUCCCGAGCGGGCAAUGUGCGCUUCAGCGAAAGGGAUUUUUGGUGCUUAUGCAGAUUUCUCUGUGGACCCCGGUGAUGGCUGCGAAGUGGGCCUCCCACCCCCCACUCUCUCGCAAGCUGGGCAGGAUUAAGGAGCAGACCGUGCCACUAUCCAUUCAGAACACGUAUCCACUGACCCGAUCACCUCGGCCAGGCCUCUUGGCAGAGCCCAACAGCCUUUUGUUGGCCUUGUCACACAAACUGUUCUGUGUGGCGUGAGCUGCUUCUUAUUUAGUUUUUUUUUUCUAAAGCAUUGGAGGCGGGGGGAGAAAGGCACCCUUGAUUUAUUACUUAAUUGCCACAAUUACACCUAAUGGCCUCGCAUUUGACAUUGAUGGGCUCCUAAUCUCCAUGACUAUGGAUUUAGCGACGUGUAGAUGUCUCGGCCGCUUUGGUGCGGCCGCAGAGAGGGAUCGUUACCUUUGUACUUUAUUUAGAGCUUCGAAGCUCGCCACCCCCGUGUCCGCUCGAAUCGACGAAAGCCCCCCUUGGGGCUCUGCAGAGGAUCCAAACGCUCUCCUCGUCCGAGCGGCAACACAUUUAUUUUUAAAACUCACACGGCUGGUGAUCUUGCAUUGCUUUUCAUUUUCCCAGUGAUUAUUAAGUCUUCGUUUUCGAUCAUUUCACAAGGCUCGUUUGCUCAGCCAAUAAUGGCGCAGGCAAAUUUAAAACUUUUAAACUCGCAAGCCCCCCGCCAUAAUUUUCUUUACAUGGCACAGCUAUUGUUUUUCAGGACGAACUGGGUUCUAAAGUAAAAACAAAACACUACAUAUAUACAUUGUACUUGAAAUUCAGUAUCGAAAGUAUAACCUCGGUUUUGAAGUGUGUAAUUGUUUGGAAGAUUCAACAAAGUGGUAUGAAUGAAAUGUAUUUUAACAAAAAAAGUUCCAAUCUGUGUUGUUGAGCAACAUUUUCAUCUUGUAGCUAUCAAAAAAAUAUUACUUUAUUGUUUUACACAGAACCUGUAUUGGUCUUCAACGACCCAUCUGGUAUUUUAGCCCUUAUACUUGGUGGAUACAUCAAUGAUAAAAAUGAAUAUAUGAAUAACAUUAUAUUCAAGUUACAACUUGGUGUGGCACCUAUAAAUGUGUGUUUUGUAUGUCUCUGUAAAAUCCUGAAUAUUAUGAGAAGAAAAACACAAACAACCCCUCCCCCCCUCCUUGUAUUGUGGUAUUUCCAGCAUGCGAGGUACAAACGUAAUGUCUCGUCUGGUUCAUCGUUCGGCCCCACGUGUGUGCGUCUUCGUCCAGGGAGAGAAAUUCUUAGCCCCUUGAGGAAAUUUUCAUUUCGGGUGGCUCGUUCCAAAAUUUUGGACAAGCGGUGGCAUGCGUCCAGGCCAUGGCAAAUAGAACCAUGUUGAGUUACCAAGCUGCGGGAUGCCCCUAGCCAGGUUUGUAAAGAUCAAGUGCAGAAGAAAAUGCAGGCGCGCCCUAAUUACUUAAGAGAAGUGCACUGUGGUGGAAAUUCUUGGAACUGUUUUUGGUGGUUUUUCGAACAAAAAAUAUAUGGCACGGAUUAUGUACAUCCCCCUGUGUUGUGAGUAUAUACUGUAAAUGAAUUGUAAGUUUCAAAAAAUAAAGUUAUUUGCAGAGGUAUCAAA